GCCCGUGGAUGCCAUGAACGCGUCGGAGGCCGCGGUGAACGCCUCGGUGCCAAGGGGCUUCAACGGGUCCGAGCGGUGCCCGCGGGACGCGCGCAUGGCCCAGCUGGUGUUCCCGGCCGCUUACACCGCCCUCUUCCUGGCCGGGAUCCUGCUCAACAGCCUGGCCCUCUGGGUGUUCCUGCACAUCCCGAGCAGCUCCACCUUCAUCGUCUACCUCAAGAACACGCUGGUGGCUGACCUGCUCAUGGCCCUCACGCUGCCCUUCAAGAUCCUCUCGGACGCGCGCCUGGGCCCGUGGCAGCUGCGGGCCUUCGUGUGCCGCUUCUCGGCCAUCGUCUUCUACGAGGCCAUGUACGCGGCCAUCAUCCUGCUGGGUCUCAUCGCCUUCGACCGCUGCCUCAAGAUCCUCCGGCCCUUCGGCAAGUUCUUUGUGCAGAAGCCGGCCUUCGCCCGGGCCGUCUCGGCGCUCACCUGGACCUUUCUCGUCGCCCUCUCGCUGCCCAACGUCAUCCUGACCGACCGGGAGGCCAUGCCGGCCACGGUGCGCAAGUGCGCCGCCCUCAAGGGGCCCCGAGGGCUGGCGUGGCACCAGCUGGUCAACGACGUCUCGCAGGCCAUCUUCUGGACGGUGCUGGCGCUCAUGCUGCUCUUCUACGCCGUCAUCGCCAGGAAGGUCUACGAGUCCUAUCGCAGGUCCCGGAGCCGGGACAGCAGGAGCCAGAAGAAGGUGGAGGGGAAGGUGUUCGUGGUGGUGGCCGUCUUCUUCGUGUGCUUCGCCCCGUACCACUUCGCCCGCAUCCCCUACACCCACAGCCAGACCCACGGCGCCGCCGCCGACUGCCGGCUGCAGGACCGGCUCUACCUCGCCAAGGAGAGCACGCUCUUCCUGGCGGCCACCAACAUCUGCAUGGACCCCCUGAUCUACAUCUUCCUGUGCAGGAAGUUCACGGACAGACUGCCAUGCUGGAAACGGAGACGGCCCGCAGUCCCUGGCCCAGAAAACCACAGCACCCAGACGGACAACAUGACCCUCAGCUGA